ACCGGGCCAAUCAGGAGCAAGCUUGCAAGUCCUCUCGGCGUUGUUUGUACAUGGUGGGAAAAGGCGGCUUCAACGCGUGAGGUUCCCGAAUUUUUGCGAUUUUUUGGCUUUUUCUACUUAAAAUGGAG